AAAAUGACGCUAAAGCUGAGCGACCACGUUACAGUACCGGUCAACUGUGAAGAUGCACCUUAACAGUUCAUACCCAGAUCCAUUUGUAGGUGUAUGAGACAUUUCAUUCAUUUACCUCCUCUCAUAGAACAAAACCCCAUAACUCAAAAGAAGACAGGAUCCAUGAAAGGUGGUCAUGCUGUAAGGUCAGAGGAUGCCUUACCAUUGUGUGGCUUAUGGAUGUGGAAAAACAACUGAAGACGGCGUAACACUGUUUAAAUUCCCCAAGGACCCUGAAGAGUUUCGAAAAUGGGAGAAGCAGGUCCAGCGCACCCGCACGCAGUGGGUCGCCACACCCAACUCUUACCUUUGCAGUGAGCAUUUUGGCAAGGAGUACUUUGAGCCCAGACUGCCUACAGGGCCCCUAAAGCUGAGGCCGGGAGCUGCUCCUACAGUGUUUGUACGCCCGCACUGUCCUUCCUGCAACAGUGUGGGCUGCAGUAGCUGCCUGCCUUCUAUCCAACACAAGACCAUUACAGCUGAACCAAGAGCGCAAAGCGUUAGUGCUGGAUACAGUGACAUGGCACCCAUAAAGUGUGACGAUACUAAUAAAGGAGGUAACGAACGACAUUUGAGACUAGGAGGGUUUAAGCUGCAAGAUGAGCGACCAGUGGUUUGUGAGAUGUGUGGAACAACCGGCAAUAUCAACAACUUCUUUUCCAAGACUAAGCGUUUCUGCAGUAUAUCCUGCUCACGUUCCUAUUCGUCAAACUCCAAAAAGUCAUCCAUACUAGCACGUCUGCAGGGAAGGCCCCCAACGAAAAAAGCCACUGUGCUGAAUAAAGUGAAUAAAGCUCCUCCGGCACAAACAGGAGUUGAUGCUGCUGCUGCUUUUGACUGGGGCGCCUACUUAGAGAGGGAAACCUCUCUUGCUGCGUCUGUCUCCUGCUUCAGACAUGCUCCCCUGUGCGCCCAGUGGGAUGACAUCAGCGUGGGGAUGAAAGUGGAGGUCCUGAACACGAACGCCGUCCUUCCCAGUAAAGUCUACUGGAUUGCUACUGUUAUCCAGGUUGCAGGAUACAAAGCUCUGUUGAGAUAUGAAGGCUUUGAGCACGACAGCAGCCAUGAUUUCUGGUGCAGUCUCGUUUCAGGGGAGCUGAACCCGAUCGGAUGGUGCACAAUGACUAGCAAGCUGCUGGUGCCACCACAAGAUCUGAAGCAGAACAUCCCAGAUUGGAAAGAGUAUCUGAUGAAAAGGUUGGUGGGCGCUCACACGCUGCCUGUUGAUUUCUACCUGAAGCUUGCAGAAAGCAUGAAGAACUCUUUCAGGAUUGGCAUGCGUGUGGAGGUGGUGGACCCCAAACAUGUGAGCCGGACACGCGUGGCCCUCGUGGACUCCAAUAUCGGCGGUCGUCUGCGGCUGGUGUACGCAGACCAAAGCGACUCCCCUGAGAACAUGAUCUCUGAUUUCUGGUGUCACAUGUGGAGUCCCCUCCUGCACCCAAUAGGCUGGUCCAGAAAAGUGGGUCAUGAUAUCAAAGCACCCGCAAACAAUUUGGAAGCUUCCAGUGGUUUCAAGGGUAAUUCUGACAGUACGUUCAUGCUCUUUAAAAAGCCGAGGUUCACCUACAUGGAGGAAAGUUUCUUUGAAGAAGGAAUGAAGUUGGAGGCCAUUGACCCUCUCAACCUGGGAAGUAUCUGUGUGGCCACAGUACACAAGGUGCUGUUAGAUGGCUACCUGAUGGUUGGCAUUGAUGGCAUCAUAUCAAACAAUGGCUCCGACUGGUUUUGUUACCAUGCCUCCUCUCAUGCCAUUCUUCCAAUUAACUUCUGUAAAAAAAACAACAUCCCUCUCACAGUACCUCCAGAUUAUGAUCCUCAAACUUUCACCUGGGAAAAGUACCUGGAGGAGACCAAAGCAAAAGCUGCACCCGCAAGACUGUUUAACACUGACUACCCAGGUCACGGCUACUCCCCCAACAUGAAGCUGGAGGCUGUGGAUCUGAUGGAGCCGCGGCUCGUGUGUGUGGCCACCGUGAAGCGCUGCGUUGGCCGCCUUCUCCUCAUCCACUUCGACGGCUGGGAGGAUGAGUUUGACCAGUGGGUUGACCACCAGUCUCCAGACAUCUACCCCGUUGGCUGGUGUGAGCUCAUGGGCUACCAGCUCCAGUCACCUCCUGGACUCGCUGAAUUAUUUGAACAGCAGCUGGUGCGGAACAAGAAAUGCCGGCGCUUUUCUUUCGGGAGAAAGAAAAAGAAGAACCCAAAAAAGAGGCUGUCUCAGGACCAAGCUCAAGAUGAUGCCGAUCAGCACACUGAAAGUCUCCAAAGCACGCCUCGAAAAGUGCCACCCGUCCAGCCCAAGACUGAGCUAGAGGAGCAGGAGAUUGUUGCAGUGCAGGUGAAAGUGGAGGAAAUGGAGAUGGAGACCCCUAUUAGGCCCCCAGAUAACCCUCCGCAAGUCUCUGUGAGCAAAAUCAAACAGGAAGAGGGAGAGCAAAGCAGCUUGGAAAAUGAAGCACAUGAAACGAUGGUGCAAAGUAAGACUAAAGACACGAGUGAAGACAGUGCAUCACUUGAAGACAGGUGUACUGGUGAUAGCAGCACAGAUCAAACUGAAAAUGAAAGACUGGACAAAGAGGAGUGGAGCCAAGAAAAUGACAGUACCAUGGAUGAAACGUAGAGGGGAAAAAAAAUCAUAGUUGAAUGCAUGUAAUAAAUAUGUUGCCACACCAUUGUAUCAUGAAGAGCUUCUGGAAUGUGACUCAGUCUAAGAGGAAAUCAUAGAUAUGAUUAUGAACAUCUUCCUGGGACAGACAAGUGUUGAAUUUUAUUUUCAGAUGUCUUGUAAAUUUACAAUCAGUUGUGUAUUUUAAAAAAUUUAACUGUUAUUUGUUGCUUUACAACUUUAAGUAUGUUGUAGUUGAGCUUAACUAGCCUCAUUGCCAUCUUUGUAGUGGGGACCUUUAUGCUUUUCCUUAUUUUCUGUCAUACACACACUGUUAAAUAUAACAGUAUGGUGGAUGCUCACAUUAAAAAUU